CAAUAUAUAAUCUUUUGUUUCAUUCGAGAAAUGAAAUCAUUCAGAAAUAUUACUGAUUAAAUCAUGCUAAUGACGUUCUUGGAUAUGAUACAUAUAAAAAGACGGAGUAUUUGAUAAUGAAUCUGUUCCAGCCAGAAACUAAAAAAGAAAUGGAUCUCUUCAUAAUUUUGUAUGUUCUACUGUGUAUCAGAAACGUUUACUCAACAUUCACUAGGUUUGACUGCAAACCUCGUUAUCAUUUCUGGAAGCCAUAUACUGGUUUCAUUCCUGAAGAUGCAUGGAUUGCUUCAGAAAGAACUGGAAAUGUCUACGUCGCAAAAAUUAUACCACUUGAUGAGAAUUCUUGGAGCCAUGCAGGUCAGAUAACAAGGGCUUACGAUUUUGUUGAUUGGACAUGGCCUAGAAAAGAGAAAUUGAGAGUGGAUAGAUUUUUAGAGAUUCUUUGUACGAAGCCAGAGGAUAAGAAGAAACUGAAAUGGAGACACAUCUCCGAUGUAAGCGAUAUGCGUGUGGCUGAGAGUUAUUGUUGCCUUGUUGAGAGUGGCAUGACAAUGCGCAAAGGACUACUCCACUUUGCUUACAUCGGCAGGAAAUUCGUAAAUGGCCAAUUUUUUGUUGGGCCUGUUUACUUGAAGCACGAUUGGUUUUUCCCUAACGGCCUGUAUACGGUGCAGGACAGACAAUCCGUUGUAUAUGAUGAAGAAUUCGACAUUCUGCAUUACGGUUGCACAAGAGAUGACUGAGGUGGUUUAGUAAAUGAUGGAAUUGAGAUCUUUAAACAUUUUUUAAUACAAAAAUUAUGUUACAAUGAGUAUUACAUUUUCAAAAAUGUAACACACUCAAAAUGAAAUUGAAUAUAAUACUUUACACA